CACAGUUGAUUGGCGUCUUGCGUAUAAACGGAAGUGCCAACUGAGCCUGACCCGGUAGUGUUCUAUACUUCGAUGUGCCUCUAGAUCCUGCUGUGUUUGCAAGCACUGGAUACACCGAACCCAUCAUGCUCGGCCUACUGGUUGUCUGUGAUACAGUACUCAUCCUCAGUGUGUCCCUGGCACAGAUCAUCCAUGAUGGGAAGACCGCCACCAACAUCUCCUUCGUUCUCGACUCGCUGCUGGAGGGCUACGACAAGAGACUGCGUCCAGGUUUUGGAGGUGAGGCGGUGACGGUGAACGCUGAUUUAAGCCUGCGGUCGAUGGGGCCCAUCUCAGAGCUGGAUAUGAUCUACACACUCGACUGCUACUUCCGGCAGAGAUGGAUCGACCAACGACUGGCCAUGAACGUGUCCCUGGAGAAUCUGACCCUCGGCAUCAAGAUUCUAGAGCGGAUUUGGCACCCAGACACGGUCUUCUACAACGGACAGAAGAGCUACCUGCACGCCAUUACGUCACACAACCGGUUCCUUAGAAUAGGUGCUAAUGGAACCGUGUUGUUUUCUCAAAGGCUGACCAUUCAAGCAACUUGCAGGAUGCACCUGGAGAACUUUCCAAUGGAUAUCCAACACUGUCCUCUGCUCUUUGGAAGUUUCGCUUACUCCACUGAUGACGUAGUCUACAAGUGGCGCUAUGGUCAGAAAGGUUCCAUAGAACUGGCACCGGACCUACGUCUGUCACAGUUUGACCUGGUGGGUUUCCCCCUCACCAACUACACGGGCAUGAUCAAGGGAGCCAUGCACUCUGUUCUUUGUGUGACGUUCAAGUUAAGCCGUCAUGCCGGCUACUUCCUGAUCAACCUUUACCUCCCCUGUUGCUUGCUAGUUGUCCUCUCUUGGGUCUCGUUCUGGAUCAACAGGGAGGCAACUGCUGAUAGGAUCGCUCUAGGUUCCAUGACGGCCUUGACCAUGACCAUCCUGGGCAUCGAAAACAAAAGCCAGCUGCCCAAAGUCUCCUACAUCACCGCCCUGGACGUCUACGUGGCGCUCUGCUUCGUCUUCGUCAUCGCCACAACGCUGGAGUUCGCCGUGGUCCACUACUUCACCAAGUACGGCACGGGCGAGCCUCUCAUGCUAUCAAGUGAUGACGACAGUUCCACCGACGAGCUGUCUGACGACAACACACCAGUGGAUUCAUUAACAAUGCAAAACGGGAAGUUCAAGGUUCAAAAUUAUCCCUGGCCACCAAACCAAGUCAAUGUCAAGGUCGGGAUACUUGCCAAGUUGUGCCACUGUUUGACCAGGACAAAAAGCAGACGAGUUCGUCCAAAAGGGAAGCUAUCGGUGUUUAGCAAUAGCGUCAGCCAAGUGGAUAAAGCUGCAAGAGUUCUUUUUCCUUUGACUUUUACGGUGUUGAAUGUAGUGUACUGUGUAGCGUACUGUGUAUGGGCUUUUUCAGAAUAA